AUGAUCCGCAGCAAACGUCGGCAGCCAGUCUCAGGGCUCCCACAGCACCUGCUGCCAGCUGAGAGCUCACCCACCCUCAGCAGAACAGGGGGUCAAGGACCGGUGUGCGCCCUGCGCUCCCGCCCCUCCCCCGCGCCCCCGGCGCAAACUCGCCCGCAGGCGCGCGUGUGCGCGGAGCGCCCCGGGGGCCCCGCGCCUGCAGACCGGGCGCUUGCCCGCUUCGCGCACGGGCACCCGUGGAAGGAGCAGCUUCUGCAGUGA